CUCGUUCUCUCAGUAGCAAUGACAGAUAGAGAAAAAUCAAUUUCACGAAGGAUUGAGGCAGGUAAUUUUUCGAGGUCGAUUCAAAAUGUGAAAAAUAAUCCUCAGACUGGGAGUGCAUCGUUAAAAAUAUUGUCAGUGACUACGUCCAGUGGUUUAGCUUUGUUUAAACUAAUAGUAUGGAAAUGCGAGUGAGUUUUAGUUGUAUAUUUUUUCAAGAAUACCCCCACCCACACUAGUUUAAGGAAUUCAAACGGGUUGUAGAAUCGAGUUUUAAACGUAAAAACAAGACUACCGGAGCCCAUAGCUAAAAUUUUGAUUGAACGAUGGUCACUAAGAAGACAGUUGACACAGAGAAAGAUCGGCUAACAAACAAAAUGUGUUCAAACAGCAGUGCAAGUGGAGCAGGAUCAGGAGGUGGAACGGGACCCCUGGUCAGUUUCAGUGCUGGAACCACCCAUCAUUCGGCCCACAGCCAGGAUGCACCAAACAUUUUGGUUUACAAAAAGAUGGAAGCGAUCAUCGAAAAAAUGCAAGCCGAAGGAUCCGGAGUAUCCGUUCGCACGGUGAAAGCCUUCAUGAGCAAGGUACCUUCGGUGUUUACUGGAGGCGACUUGGUUACAUGGAUAACUCAAAACUUAACCGUCGAUGAUGUGACAGAAGCUCUUCAUCUGGCCCAUCUGCUUGCUUCUCAUGGCUAUUUGUUUCCGAUCGACGACCACCAACUGACGGUAAAGAACGACGGAACAUUCUAUCGCUUUCAGACGCCCUACUUUUGGCCUUCCAAUUUUUGGGAGCCGGAGAAUACCGACUACGCUAUUUACCUAUGCAAGCGAACCAUGCAAAACAAAACCCGUCUUGAGUUGGCCGAUUACGAAGCGGAAAAUCUGGCCAAGCUGCAGAAGAUGUUCUCCCGUAAAUGGGAGUUCAUCUUUAUGCAAGCCGAAGCCCAGAGCAAGGUGGACAAAAAGCGGGACAAAUUGGAGCGCAAAGUACUAGACUCACAGGAGCGCGCCUUCUGGGAUGUGCACCGUCCAAUGCCCGGCUGUGUCAAUACGACCGAGAUGGACAUCAAGAAGGCCUACCGGCGGGGAGCGUCCAGUCUGGGUUCGGGUUCAGCCGGUUCAGCUGCCAACAGCAACCCCGCCGAAACGAUGGCCAAGACAAUCAACCUGCUCAAACAGAAGUUGGAGCGGCGGACCAUCAAGGUGUCGAAGGCGGCGGAAUCAUACAUUUCCUAUUAUGAGCAGUAUAGUGAGUUCGACUAUUUCUUGAACGCUCCAGAGUAUCCUAACCCAUGGCAGUCGGACAGUACCGAGCUGUGGGACGCCGAGAAACAAGGCAAGGAUAUCCCGAUGAAACGUGUCAAACGCUGGGGAUUCAGUCUGCGAGAGCUUUUGAACGAUCCUAUCGGACGGGAGCAAUUCACGAAAUUUCUUGACAAAGAAUUUAGUGGCGAAAAUUUAAAAUUCUGGGAAGCGAUCCAGGACAUGAAGGCCCAGCCACAGUCGCAGAUCAAGGACGCUGCCAAUGCGAUCUGGAACGAAUACCUGGCACCGGAUGCGGCCUGCCCGGUUAACAUUGACUCCAAAUCUCUCGAGAUCUCGCGAGAGGCUAUCAAGGGUGGCACGGUCAGUCAGAGUCGCUGGUGUUUCGACGUGGCAGCUGAUCACGUGUUUUAUCUGAUGAAAACCGAUUCGUAUUCACGAUAUCUGCGCUCCGAUAUGUACAAGGAGUACCUGAAUGGUUCCAAGAAGAAGACAUCCGUGCGAGGACUUCGAAUAUUUUCCGGCAGAAAAGAUACACCUGUGAUAAACUAAGGCAGACGCGUGUCUGUGCGAACAUCACGCAGCACAAACGGAAGAGAGAAAAGGUAACAACCAAACAGUCGUUGAAACAGUAGAAUAGUUCAAAUGCAAACAUCAGACAAAUACCUAAAAGAUUGUUCCAGAUUGUUGCUAGAGCAGUAACCAGCUAUUGUAGGUAAAUGUGCAUUAGAGGAGAGUAUAUUCGUACCUAUUUAGAUGCCACCAGAACCUGACAGACCAACAGACAUAGUGAUCGAUUGUAUGGUGAACGUAGGUAUGAGCUAGAUUUUUAUGUCUGUUAGUCUGUGCGGUAGUAUACUAAUCAUCAAAUAGUGGUGGGGGAUAUACUCUAUAGCCGCUUGACAGAUAGUGAAAUGAGGUUAAACAUUACCACAGUUAAUACGACAUGUUACAAACUAUCUAUAGACACGUGGAUAUAAGCUAAGCGAAACAUGUUAUACAGUCACCAGCGGUAACCCACCAUUACUCGAACAAAUAGUGAGAUUUUAAAGUUUGGAUAAUAUUUUAGUGGCAAACAAGUUUUUAAAGACGCAAAAACUCUAUAACCGAUUAAAAUCAUAUGAAUUGACAGUUCAAUUGCACUCACGUUUCUCUGAAUACCUAUCUACUCUGAAAAUUAUCAGCUCCAUUCGGUGCAAAGCUAUUGAAACAAUCACUCUUAAACCAGUUCUCAUGCCCACUUCCAGCAUUCCAUUGAAGUAAGCAAACAAUCAAAACCAUAAUCGCCAGAAUAAUAAAUCAAAGAACUUAUCCUACCACUAUAGAGUAGUAAAUUAACUCAAAUUAUCCAUAGUAGCUCCCAAUAUCUAUAGAUAAAAGCGUCAAAUUGUUUCAAUCAUCUCGAAGGUGGAAAACCAGCGGAAUUCGCCAUUUAGAAUAAAAAGCGCCAAAGAAUCCGGAUGUGCGAAUAUUAAGUCCUGUUCGAUAUGUGAUCGCCUUACUUGCUAGAAGUUAGUUUGGUUAUGUGUAACUGUGUAGAAGAUGACACCAGUCCUCUGUAUGACAAAUACGGAACUUAAAUUGUUUCUUAAUUUGAUCAUUUGUUGGUGUUUAUGUUCCACGAAUCCAAGCGUCAUACAAAACAUUAAAAAUGACGAAUGUUCCCACCUUUCUUAUCUUACAUCGUGCGAUUACACAUACAUACUCGGCGAAUUAGUUUUCAACUUUCGAUUUGAUGGUUACAAAAAUGAACACAUGAACUAUACCAUAAGACUUGCGACUGUUGUUAACAAAAUUUUGAUAAACAUUUAAUGUUCUUGUAUAUUUUUUCUACAAUUUCACUCGUAUGUGUGUUCUUAGCAUCUUUUCACUUCAACAAAUGACAAAUGAACACAACUGGGCAAAUAAAAUACAAACGGUUACAGUAAAUCAAAGAGCUCAAAAAGUUUUUUUUAUGAAUUGAAUCAUUUACUUAGUCUUUGACCAUUUCUCGUACAAUGCACUUCCGAAUUUUCUUUCUUCUGUCUAAUUCAAUUUAACUAGUAAUCAUUCUUCGAUUCUUUUUGUGUGGUCAGUAUGGAUUCUAGCUCCAAUGCAACAACCGAUUCCGAACCCGAUUAAGUCGGAAUCGGUUGUUGCAUUUGAGUUGGAAUCCAUUCUGACUCCAUUCUAAAAUCCGAACCGGUUCCGGAAUGAGUUUAACUGGGCUGUCUUCAACCUAGCCUUCAUCAAAUAUUCCACAAAUCCUACUACAUUUGGUCCAAUCACUUUGCUCGUGGUGGUAGUGUUGCUAGAAGUAAACACUAUUUUUGCAGCAUUUCGUGUGUCUCGCCCUUCGAGUACUUGACAAUCUGUAACCGUAUUAGUGUGUUCAACGAUUUGUUUUCCUCCACCUGUCAUAGUUGGAGGAAAGUAAAUCGAGAAUAGCUUUUCGAUCGGAUUAUUUUCAUGAUGGAAUCUGACCAACCGGUAUUGUACGUCUCCGGAAUAAGUUUAACAGCGACAUAGAGCAUUUCAACACCAUUAUAAAUACUUUAGCCGAGCUAUUUCAAAUGUUUAAAUUGGCUGACAGUUUUAUAUAUGACAGCUGGAGGAAAACAAACCGCCAAUUAAUGUGUGUGAAAUAAUUUGCUUGGAACUCUAUACGGUAGCACCGAAGAUCACAUGUGGUUUUCUUUUUCUUCAUUAUCUUUCUCAUCUCUCACCUACAGUAAGCGGCUUGCACACUUAUUUUGUUCUGUCGAAUCUCAGCUUUUUUCACAUCUUUUGCCGAAAUCUCAACAGCUGAGAGCACAGUAAACUUUUUUUUUUGCUGAGAUCUCAGUUAAAGUGACGUUGGAUAGCUGAGACUCGGAAAAUAUUGCACCGAAAAUUUUCUGCAACUUCUUUCGAACAUUGUGAAAAUUUAUUUCACCCAAACCAGCUAAUGGGACCCCGCAUGGGGUCGGCACGCCAUCCAUGAACCACACCCUUCCAUCAUACCUGAAUUCUGGAGAUAUAAUUGACCAGCAGACCCUGCUAAUGAGAACAGGUUAACUGAAAUGAUGUAGAUGAACAUCGUCUACCCGUUCCCCGAAUAUGGCGGCAGCUCAAGAGGCAAGAGGUACGCGGUACGUUCUACGCACGAUCACUUAGAAAGCGCACAAUGCGUUAAUCGGAAUGAAACCCCUUGUCACCGAUCAAUCUAUAGAGAUUAUUCACCACCCAACCCUCAACGUGGUGCAGGGUAUUAUAUAUGAUCUCGAUACGAUAGACUUGAGCACGGACGAACUCGCUCGGGAGCUAAGUAGUCAAAACAUCAUCACGCCAGAAGAAUCACUCAAAUGAUAGAAGGUAAACCAGCCAACAUACCGUUGGUUGUCCUUUCAUGCACAGGAUCGUAUCUUCCGGAGAACAUUUAUCUAGGCUUAGUCAGGACUCCAGUAUGGCAGUGCUCUUCUUCCAUGUUAUGCGGAAUGUUUGGCCACGGUAGUCGCUCCUGCGCCAAACGACCGACUUGCCUAAACUGCAGCGGAUCCAGCAGCUGAAAACUAUCUGAAGCUAAAUCUCAACAUCUCGAAGUACUAAGCGAAAUGAAACCCUCGCAAAGCUUUCAGCCCCCUCUCAGGGCAAAAUGCGCAAAGAUCUCCAUCAGAAAUAGCACACGUCAAUACCCUUAAAGAAAACGCACCAUACCCGAUAACUUCAAUACAAUAUAAUCACCGGAACAAACCCCAAGAACUGCAAGCAGAUACAAUCAAACCGACCCACGGAUAUGGGGACGACACAGAGCAUCCACCAUGGCAAUGAAGAAUCGCGACGCAAAAAGUCCAAAGGACAACCCGAAAAUCGACCAAAUCAAGAAGCCCGAUUAAAAAGGAAAACAAAUCAGAACAACUAACACGCACAUACAGAAAUUCGCAAACCAGCACGCAGACAAGGGCCAGCUCGCUAGAAACCAUGAAACAUUCAAGCCUGGAAGUCGGUAAAGAAGGAAGAGUGACAAUAGAUAUCUCAGACUAAAUAGACCCUACGACCAGCAUAAUCAAAACCGACCAAAACCCCCCGGUUGGAGCCCUCAUGGACACCGACAUCAACAGAGAAAACCUCUCCAACAAUACGCACUUGAACAUUAUCAUACCAACAGUUAACCGUACACAUACAUCGCUCUCGUAAUUUUUCGGUCUCAUCCGAUUCGUCCCUGUCGACUGUUGUAGCUGAGCCACCGGAUCUCACCUCUGUGAAUGACUAUCGAAGAAGCAUCACCCCCCGCAUCCAAUCGAAAGUGGAACACGCGGUCCUUUCCGCUACCCCGACGGCCGUCGAGGCACCACCUGUCGAAAAGUACAACAACCAAUGAACGCGUCGUAUCUGGGAAGUCCAACCCCGGACUUUUCCAGCACGAUGUCAGUUAACAGAACACCACCUACACCCACCGGCGCACCGGUCUCUCCCAGUAGAAGAAAAUCUAAGGCCAGUCGCUGGCUGCUCAUGACACCCAGUACCCUUUCGUACAAGUAAUAACAAUGCCAGCUAGACAACCAGAAAUUCCAAACCUGCUAGCUUGAUCUCAAACGGUAAAUCAGCCUCCGUUUUCACCAUGUUCCUGGAGGCACCAGAAGACUACCAGGAUCUUCUGGUGGCCACUGGGGAGCCUCUGUAUCCAGACGAUAGGAUCUACAAACAUCGUGCACGAUGCGGAAGACGUUAUCGCCGAUCAUCACCUCUAGACAUGGCCGGAAAAUCUAACGCAACCGCCAGCAGCAUAGCUCUUGGAGGGUUGUCUGGUAGCUCCAGUCCGCUAAGUGUCAGAAGCCCUACUCGAAGUAGUUGUGCCAACUCCAGUACUCCUACUUCAUACCUUAGUGGGAGAAAUAGCGUGCUAGCCGUACAAUGGAACACCAACGGACUGCAAGCAAAUCUCGUAGACCUGCAACGAACUAUCGCUUGCCACGAGCAUAUCUGCCUCGAUAUUCAGGAGACACACACUAGCAAGGGCACGAAUCCUUCCCCGUGGUUUAGCCACGUUUGGCUUGGGAGUCUAGGUGUGGUGCCAACAUAUAUCAGACAGUUGGACUCGGAACCGGAUCGGACCUAAUAACAGAGCCGGUGCAGCUCAACACCGACCUAAUCGCCCUAGCACGCCGGAUCAAUUACCCCCUCAAAUACACUAUAGAUUCAAUCGAUGUACCCCAGGAAGUUAGUGAUAUACGAAAUAAGCUUGGCAACCUCAUCGAGCAGCUCCCAACCCCCUUUAUAUGAAUGGGGGACUUCAACGCACACCACACUGCUUGGGCUCUAGGAGAUGCUGUUGUCGCGGUAACGUAAUAUUGGAAGUAGUCUAGAACAGUAAUGCUGUCAUCCUUAAUAACGGCAGCACCACAUUUCUGCGCGGUCGAUCGACAUCGGCUUUGGACCUAACAAUUUGCACCUACUCUAUCGCAGGAUGUUGUGGAUGGUUCGUCUCAUCCGACAAGGGGAACAGCGACAACUUUCCCAUCACAAUUUUCCAUGAACUCACUCCCCCUCUACGUCCCGACGUAGGCGCUGGAUUUUUGACCGAGCAGAUUAGAUAGCAUUUGAACAAAAUCGAUCUGACAAUAUCGACCGAGACCGAGCAUACUCACCCGAGACCCUAUCCGAGCUCAUGGUAGGAUCAUCAUGGUAGCAUCAUCUUGUAUCCCCCGUAUCAGCGGGAUUCCUCCGAGUCGUGCAAUACAUUGGUGGAACCGUGAAGUGGCAUCGAUUACCAGGGCAUGACGGACGGCCCUUCGAUCACUCAAGAGAACAAUCAUCGAUAAACCUCCAGAAGAGCGAUUCGGAAGGCUAAGACCACCAGCUGGGCUGACUUUCUCGACGGUAUCAGCCAUAACUCUUCAGCCCAAGAUUUUUGGAGGAGAGUGAACAAUAGAACCAAGCGAUUUUCGUCCAAUCAGCCUGAUGUCCUGUACUACCAAAACUAUAGAGCGACUGGACGUUUAACAACCUUGUUAGAAGACAGGAACCUACUUGGUCGCCGACAAUGCGCCUUUAGGAAGGGCCUCGGUACUGACGUACAUCUUGGGUGCCUCGGUGGAGUAGUUAACCAAGCAUUAUCGGAAGAUCUCCAUGCAGACAUUGCCAUACUGGGUAUAGCGAAGGCCUAAAACACCCUGUUAGAAGACGAGAACCUACUCGACCGCCGACAGUUCGCCUUUAGGAAGGCGCUUGGCACUGGUGUACAUCUUGGGUGUUUCAGUGAAGUACGUUACCAAGCAUUAUCGGAAGGUCACCAUGCAGACAUUUCCAUACUGGGUAUAGCGAAAGUCUGUAACACUGUAUGGCGGGAGGGUGUACUCCGCCAGCUACAUCAGUGGGGUAUCCGCGGUAACCUCGGCAGAUUCAUUCAGGAAUUCGUUAGCAACCGUAGCUUCCAAGUCUGCAUUGGGGGCAACCGGUCUUGCACCUUUCACGAGGCAAAUGGAGUCCCUUAAGGUUCUGUUUCUGUUACGCUGUUUUUAAUUAGUAUGGAUGAACUCCUUAUUCACCGCCCUUCCCGCGAGUGUGUAAUCUUCGCAUAUGCAGACGACAUAAUACUUGUAGUAAUUGGGGAGACAAUGAGGCGUGUAAGAAUAAAGCUGCAGACAGCGCUCAGUGCUGUUGGGCGAUGGGCUGAGUCCGUCGGUUUUAACAUUGCGAUAGCUAACUCUCUCGUCCCAUUUCAUGCAAAUUAAAAAGGAACGCCAACGCAAGAAACGGCUAGUUCAAACCAUACGCACUCCACAACAAAUUCAAACAGGAGGACAGCACUGAAUAUAACCCAGGCUUUAAUUCACAGUAAAAUAUUCCACGGUAUCGAACUGACCAGUCGGAAUUGGGAAAGCUUGGCCGUCACUCUUGCCCCCUCUAUCAUGGAGCGAUUCGACAAGCGACCAAUCUUCUUCCCAGCACCCCCGCCGAAGCCGUCUGCAUUGAGGCUGGUGUUCUUCCAGGUCGGUGGGCUGUAGCAGUGACCACCAUGAAACGGGCGCUUAGCUUCCUUGAAAAAACCACCGAUGAUGAUUGUAGCCUUCUGGAAACGGCCAGAAAUCUUCACGCCCCUCUUCCAGAAAUCACUGAAUUGCACAGAGUUAGGAGCCGCAAUUGGUCUAAUCGUGGACCAAAUCUUGGCACCAGCCUUUCUCGUACCAUUAUAGCAAAAGCACAACCCAGUACAGUGCGAGCGCAACUCAACCAGUUAGUGAACCGCCAUAUCAUGAUCUAUACUGACUGCUCAAAGAUGGAUGAGAGUGUGGGGAUGAGAGUGAAUGAAAUAGGAACAGGUCUUGCUUUUCGUAUCCCAUUCACCUGUUCAUUUUUUUCAGCAGAAGCAGCAACGAUUUCUCCAGCAAUCUUCAAAAAACCCGAGGAUACCCUAACCGUGAUAUUUACAUAUUCACUCUCCGUCCUACCCGAACUAGAGUCCUGGAAAUCUAAACACCCUUACGUCCAGGAAAUCGAAGAGAACUGCGACCCCCCUACUACGAUAUGUUGGGUCCCAGGACACUGUGGUAUUAGAGGAAACGAAGACGCUGACCGACUAGCCGAACUCGGCCGACACUCCCGUAGCUUGUUAACCCAAGAAGUGCCGUCGUCAGGUAUUUGCAAGGCAUUCAAGAGUAAUGUCACCAACCACUUCGUUGCUCAUUAGAGAGGCUCUCGAGGUUUCCCACAAAAGGUGAAGAAUUGAGCAAAGAACCCUCUCUCGCCUACGUGUGGGGCACACAAAAGUUACCCAUGCCCAUUCAAUCACUCGGGUCGACCCACACGGUUGCAAAAUUUGCAACACUAGGCUAUAACGUGACAUAAGGGUCCAUCCAUAAAUGACGUAGCAUUGUAUGGGGGAGUUUUGUAUUUUGUGAUGAUGUGUGACGACGGGGGGUAGGGGGUCAUGUCAGGUUACGUAGUCUUUUUAAGGGGGAAUAGGAAUUUUCAAUUCGUAAGCGUUUCCUUAUAUAUGAUUCCAAAAUCAAAGUGCGAUUUUUUUAAUACUGUACUCAAUGGUUCACGCUUCGUUUUUUUUUUUUUUUAUUUGUUCAAUCUUUUUAGUUUUCUAAUUGUAAUGGAAAAUUCUUGAACAUAUGCGUAGUUAAAAACGAAGUUUUUUCUUUGCUAAUUCUCGAAUAAUACAUGCUCAGCUUUAGGGGGAUGUGGGGAGAAGAGUUGCCGUCAAGGUACGUCAUUACCAGGGGGUAUAUACAGGUUUGCGACGAAAUGCUACAAUGGGGGAGCUGGGGUGUUAAAAAUCACUCCAAAAUUGCUACGUCAUUUAUGGAUGUUGCCUAACAUGUUUAUAGUGAAAAAAUUGUGACAAUUUUUGAUAUGUUAUGAGGCAGUCAAUUUUGGGCAAUUUGUGCGUUACGUAAUUUGUAAACGAUGCUUUAAAUAACCGUUAUUUAUCUUUCCUACUGACCAACACCAUGGCUUAUGUUGCAAUCGUCUUCAUGUUCGAGGUGCGUAUAAAAUUCGUCCCUAUCGCUACUUUCAUGGUGUGAAAUGUGCACGUUUAUUAUGCUCAUUUUGAAUGAAUGUGAGCUUUGAACAUCAUUAUUCCCGUAAAGAUCAGUUCAAUAGGCGAGAAGGGCGAGUCAUAUUAACAAAUCUGCUGAAAUGGAAACUCUUCUAGCUAUAGCCUAGUAGUACAUUCAUUUUUAACUAUAUUUCCAUUAUAUGCAUCUUUCAAAUGCUAUUUUCUGUUACAUUAAAUAUUUGACACAGCAAACCAACUGCAAAAAUAACUGUCGAAACGACUAGGAUUUGCAUCUAAAAACUUUCAGAUGAAGGGAAUGGAAAAUGAAUGGUUGCAGAAUGCACAAUGAAACAAACGAAAAACUAGCUACUUACCACUUUAUAUUUUUUUUAGCGAAGCCACAGUAAUGUAUUGUAACAAACAUAAAAUGAAACGACAAUGGAACUGCGAAACAGUUUGAAUUGUUUCCUAUUGUUUUACACUGAUAUAGCGCAUAUAGUUUUUAGCUUCUAUUUGUGAUAUUUUUGUGAUUAUUACCAAAAACAAGUAACAGAAAUAUGUUAAACAGGUAUAAAGCAUAGGAUAGCUGUCAACAAAUAGUGUAUUUAUACUAGGAAAAAAAAACAAUCAAUCAUAGAAUAGUGCAACAAAUACGAUGGAAUACGUGUAAAAUUCUAUAUUUUAAAUGUACAAUUCUGAAACUGUGAA